CGGAAGGGCUGGCAGCCGACGGGGGCGGGCCGGGCCGGAGCCGAAGGGGUGGGACGGGCAGGACCGGGAGGCUGCUUCGGCUGCUCGGACCUGGGUCCGGGCCGGGCCGCUAGGCUGCAGAAACAUGACGCCCGAGGAGUGGAAGUACCUUGCGAUCCUCCUUAUCUCCAUCCCCAUCGGCUUCCUCUUUAAGAGAGCGGGUCCGGGGCUGAAGCAAUGGGGAUCGGCAGGGGUGGGUGUGGCCCUGACCCUGCUCACCUGUGGGCCCCACGUUGUGCACUCGCUGGUCACCAUUCUUGGCACCUGGAUCAUCAUGGAGACCUGGCCCAGAUCUUGUCACGCCCUGGCACUGGCCUGGACCUUCCUCUACCUCCUGUUCUUCCGAAUGGUCGCUGUAUUAGGGCUCCCGGCCCCCACAGCCUUCACCAACGCCGUGCAGCUGCUGCUCACGCUCAAGCUGGUGAGCCUUGCCAGCGAGGUGCAGGAGCUGCGGGCGCAGAAGGAAGACCCCCCAAAGCCCCCGCCUGUGGGGCAGCUUCUUGCCGUGCCCUCGCUGCCCCAGAUGCUCAGCUACAGCUACUGCUACGUGGGCCUCCUGACCGGCCCCUUCUACCGCUACCGCACCUACCAUGACUGGCUGCACCAAGGACCAGCGGCAGAGGCAGUACCCAGCCUGGAGCCACUAUUGCUGCGGGCCCGGCCUGCUCCUCUCUUUGGGCUGCUCUUCCUUCUGUCCUCCUGGCUCUUCCCCCUGGAAGCUGUACGAGAGGAUGCCUUCUACAGCCGAUCCUUGGCGUUCCGCCUCUUCUACAUGGUACCCAUCUUCUUUGCCUUCCGAAUGCGUUUCUACGUGGCCUGGAUCGCAGCUGAGUGUGACUGCAUAGCCGCCGGAUUCGGGGCCUACCCCGUGGGGGCCAAGUCGAGGGCCGGGGGUGGCCCCACCCAGCCCUACCCUGCCCCAGACAGCCUGGAAGUUGGGGCAGCCACCAAAUAUGACUACGAGACCAUUCGCAACAUCGACUGCUAUGGGACCGACUUUUGUGUGCGCGUCCGAGAUGGGAUGCGGUACUGGAACAUGACAGUGCAGUGGUGGCUUGCUCAGUACAUCUACAAGAGUGCUCCAGCGCGCUCCUACGUGCUGAGGAGCGCCUGGACCAUGCUGCUGAGUGCCUACUGGCAUGGCAUCCACCCAGGCUACUAUCUGAGUUUCCUGACCAUCCCCCUGUGCCUGGCCGCUGAGGGCUGCCUGGAGUCAGGCCUUCGACGUCACCUCGGCCCCAGGGCCCAGCAGGCUUGGGACUGGGCUCACUGGUUCCUGAAGAUGCGGGCCUAUGACUACAUGUGCAUGGGCUUUGUCCUGCUCUCGCUGCAGGACACUCUCCGCUACUGGGCUUCUGUCUAUUUCUGCAUCCACCUUCUUGCCCUGGCAGGCCUGGGGCUGGGGCUGGCCCUGGGGGGAGGGGGCCCUGGCCGCAGGGGAGGGGGCGCCAGGGCUGAAGCCAAGACUCCCCCAAACAAGCCUCCCACACCCCCAGACAAGUUGCGGGAGGAGUGACCCCUGGGGCUGAGCAGGACAGGUCCAGGCACUGAGCUCCCCCAAACUUUAAAGGGACACCAGAAUCCCUGGGGGACCUGCAGGCUAAGGGGGCCGGAGACCUGGAAGCCAGGAUCCCACAAGAGACAGGAGGAUCAGGCCCCCUGGGUCCCUGAGAGAGUUGGGCCUGAUGAGUCUUAUUCCUGGGGGCUGAUACGUCUGGGAACCCUGAUGCCAGCCUCCCCCCAGGCCGGCUUCUUGGGGGUGGAAUUUUAAUUUUCUCAAUAAAGAGCCUUGGACAAAA